AUGAAAAAUAAUAUAUAAAGAACAUCAAAUCAGUAUUAAGUUAAUGAAAAAAAAAAAAAUUCUAGAAAUGAAAUGAUGAAUUAGAAAUAAAAAUAAUGUGAUAAGCUAGAAUAACUUUAAGAUUAAGCUUUAAUAUAGUAUUAUAUUUUUGAAGAUUAUUAAAAUUUGAUAAACCUCAUCUAUUCAUUAUAAACUGUAAAUGAUUACUUCAAAGAUGAUCCAAAUAAUGAAAUGGUUAUUUUAUGCAGAAAUAAAGUCAUAAGUUAAUUAAAUUUAUCAAAUACUAUUCAUUAAGAUAUAUAAGAAACUUACAAAGAUUCAAAAUAUCAAUAAUUCAUUACUAAAGAAAAAUAAAAAGUUAAGGAGAUGGUCUCUCAUUUGCCACCUAAUGUUCAAGAUUCAAUCUAUCUCGAAAUGUAUAAACAGAAUAGUUUAUCAGAAAAAAUUAUUAGUUCAUAUUAGCGUCUUGAAAAGAUGGACAUCACUCCUAAUUUUGAUAACUAAGUUGUAUCUCAAAUUUUUUCUUCUAUGCAACUUAUUGACCAAAAGGUCAACCAAAUAUAAUCAUAGAACCACUACACAGUCCCUUCAUAUAAUGAUGUCAUAGAGAAAGCAAAGUAUUUAUGAUCAAUAUUUUAAGGCAAUAUUAAAAUCUUACAUUACAAAAACUAGAAGUUUCUAUUCCUAAAGGAUAGUUACCAUAAUCUUAAAAAUCUGUUUAAAAGAAGGAAUUAUAAGGCGUAUAAUAAAUCGUAAGGAGUUAAUCAUGCGAAAAUCUCUCUUCAAAAUUCUAAUAACAAAUCCAAACUUAAAAUCAAUAAUCUAAAUAAUAAUCUAAUGAAAAUCAUUAAAAGGAAAAGUAAAUCAAUCACUUGAAAGGCCUUGUAAAUUUGGGUAAUUAUUGA